AUGAAUGUCAACAAACCAUUUAGUACAUUCACGGACAGAGUGGCAUCAGGACUAGAUGACCAUUCGAGGUCGUAUUGCAACCGUCAUUCAGGCUACAUCAAUGGAUCUUACAUCUCCUCACAUCAGGCGUUGCAUACCCGGUCCCGGUCUUGUCCGUCCGUACCAGAAUUUAACGCUUUGCCAAUGCAUUCUCUACACACUUCCGCCUCCUAUGGUGAUUUCGACGCCAAAUCAAGUACCGUGUCGGGAAGCUCCUACAUGCGAGGCAACCGCAGUGACCACUCGCUUCCGCUCAGUGAGCAAGACCGGAAGCGGAAACGACGGCCAAGAGAAGAUGACGCGCCCACUUCAUCAGGUUAUAAUUCUUACAGUGAAAUGUCGGAGUUUGCAAACACAUCUCGUUCAAGCAAACAGAGGAAGAGUACUAACUCAUUAACGUUGAACGAUAAACACCACUCGGACAUUGAUGAUGACAAAUACUUAAAAAUUCCUAGAAAUUCUUCGUCAGGGCGUUUAGAUGAUUCAAAUCAUCUCAGAGUUCCGAAGCAGUCUAAAACCAGUUUACACUCUCGUUCAGACUCUAAACUCAGCAUGAGCGGCAGUGAACCAUCGACGAAAGUGUCUAGCAGUGGAGUUAGGAAGAAAAAAACGGACAAAAGCAGCCCACACAAAUGUUCUCACAACGAGAAAAUUAGCACACCGACCAUUGGGAACGUGUCAGUGACAGUAAAUAACAAUGUGAACUAUGAUCCAAAUGAUCCAUUUUCUUUUAUACAACCGGUUGAGAUUCCGUUCUAUGCGAAGGUCAGAAAAUGUCUAGGACCACUUGCAGCUGUUUUGUUAGUGGUAGUAUUAGCUGGUGCUCUUGGAGCUGCUAUUUACUUCGCUUCAGCUCUCAAAGAAACACAAGAGAAACAAAUAGAUAUUCUUCGCGCUAACCUAGCGGUGAGAAUUAGAACUAUAGACAGUAUUGAGAAUAUUGACGACCUCUCAGGCAGUCAACUUAGGGACCUCUCUAUGGAUCACUGUACUCAGAUGGACCGAUUUUACGCCGCGAGUUCAUUUCGAAACACUUACAGAGGUUGCGAAGUGGUCUCCAUUAAGAACCACUCUAUAAACUUCACCUUGUUUUUUGCCGAGAAAGAGGCAACCACCACUCAAAUCAUCGGCGUGAUAGAAACAUCCGCAGAUAAAAAACCCGAUGCCAAACCUGAGCUUACUGUGGUUGGUAAAUUAUCUCUGGAACUGAACAACGCGGAGAUAACAAUGGAUCGUCGUAUGGAACCAGAGACGUUUGAUAAGAAAACAGGAAUUAUUGUCAUCACGACGACGACGUUAAAACCAGCAGAUAAGGCAGAAACCACCACACCUCAACCUACUGCUCAGGCCUCUCCCGUUGCUCCGCCUAUUGGGGUGUCGACGCCCGCUUCAGCAGGCAUACUGAAACCUCAGCCAUCUGAUUUACGAGUCUAUUCGUGGGAUCCGUGCGCAAGCUUUAAUGGGUCAUACUUCCCGCAUCCUACGGAGUGCGACCAAUUCUUUCAGUGCUCAAACGGUGCUUCUAUUCUACAGAACUGCACGGCGGGUCUGCUGUACCACUGGAAUAAAACCACGUGCGUCAGCAGGUUCAUGCUAGGCGUAAGCGAGCAAUGCCCGGAUGCCAAAAGAGCCCCGCCAAAACCCAUGCCGACAACACCUUCUACAACUACGUCAACAACACCUUCCACAACCACGUCAACAACAAUGCCACAAAGACCAACAAAACAAAUCACAAAAACGACGACCAAUACUCUAGCUACUACAAAAACAACCAAUAAGCCCGCUAUGACCGUUAACUUCUUCACUGGGCCGAGUACAAUGGAUCCGUUCCUUGCGGAUUUUUUAGAUCACAAUGCAGAAACCACACAUGGACCAAAUGCGAAUGCUCUUAUUUUGACAGCAAUUGCUGCACUGUCACUGCAUAGACCAAAGUAUUCCAAGACGCCAUGUAGCGGAAAUGACGUGCAACUAUAUCCAUAUCCUGAUGAUUGUGCCAAGUUCAUACAAUGUGUAAACAAAAAACCACAAAUACGCAAUUGCUCACAUGGACUUGUCUUUGACUCAGCAAUUAAUGCGUGUAUUAUCCCUCCAAACAAAGAAUUGCUUUGCCCAGAUAUUAAACCAUGUUCGACGACAAAGGAAGGUUACUUUAGUCAUCCUUUUGACUGCACGAAGUUCAUACAGUGUGAUCGCAACAAAGAGAUCGUCCGAUCGUGCCCUCCUGGAUUUUAUUGGGACGAGGAGAUCAACGCUUGUUUAACACAAAAACCAAAACGGAAAUGUUAUAGUAACCUACCACAAUCAACGAUUUAAUAUAAUUUUGUUGGAUGUAAUUGUUCUUAAAUAACUACAAAAUGCGCUACUAUUAUAACAUGUGGGUGUUGUGUUAGUAUUGAUAUCUUAUUUCGUUUUAUUCAAUACUGUUCAUCAUCAAAUCGUUGAUAUCAAUAAUAACGUAUGCGACUUUAAAUAUUAUUAUUAACCAAAUAGGCUGCCAUGACGUAGUGGAUAUGAUGUCCGCAUAGGGAGGUGACGGUAUCGAUUCCCACUGUCGGGGUAUUAUUAAGAUCUCCCCCAUAUACACCAAGUACUCGUUCUAGUCCUAGGAAACGGACCUGAGAGCGUUUCAAAUAAACCUUAGGCAAUCAAUCGCGCUCAAAUGAUAAAGUUUAUAGUAACCUUAUUGAUCGGUUUUAAACGGAUUGCAUAGCACUCUUGAUAGCAAUGUAAAUCUAACUACAGUUACUUAAAGUACAAUAAUAGCUUGAGUUAUGCAUAAUUUACGUUGAAUCUGUUCUUUUACAAGCAUAAUUUAUGUCGUUAAGUAUAUGUUUUUGUGUUUUUAUUGACCUUUAGCUUGCCAACUGAUUCCUUGAUGCAUUGUUAUUGUGCUAUUAAUCACCAGUUGAAUAUUUAUUACGUAUCGAAAUCGAACUAUGGGUCUAUGAGCUUUCGAUAUUUCCAUUACAGUAUGUAUUGUGUUAUUUAGUUACAAAUGUUUUGCGAGUAAUAGGACUGUUUUAAAAUUUGCUUGAGGACAUUCUCAGCAACAAAUAUACAUGUAGUAGAAUACAUUAUUUAUUUAGAUCAUCCCUGCUUAAAUAUAAUUGCUAAUAUAUUUACUUUUACAUCAGCUACAUCAGUAUAAAUCUAAAUCCAUUUCAUUGUCGUUGGAAUUAUCAUUCAAACGUUAUUCAUAUUUGCGAACAUUCAGUAUAAGAGUAGCAUAUCGCCUCAUUGGUGCAAAACGGUACCAUGUAACAUUGAAAUAAAAAGUUAUAUGGUACCUUUUUGCAUCACUUGGGCGAUAUCAAACAUGUUUUAAAAAUUAAACGACUGAUACAGCGAACAUAAUUAAGUUUAGCUAAUCUGUUAAAAUAUUUUGAACUGAGGUAGCGUGUAAUUGGUCAUUGCUAACAGCAAGUGUUUAUCAUCAUUUUCGAUGCUAGAAUUUAAAUACACAUUUUAUGUUCGCAUUUGACUCCAUUCUGUCUAAUUGCAAGCCGCUUGUAUUUUUGCAGAUAUGUUACAUUGCAUAUCAACAUAAGUAAAUUGUCGUUUUCGAUAAAUGCAAGUUAUUAUUUUAAAUCGAAUUCAAACUCUUAACUAGUUAAAGAGGCGUUGACACUUUGUAUCUAU